AUGUUCUCCGGUUUGAGGUGCAUACCGUGGGUGAAGUUGCAGAUUUGUAAAAAGAUGGAAAAUGUAAGAAUGGAUUUUGAAGAAAAUAUUCAUCAAUAUGACAAAAAAAAGGAAUUUUAUAAAUUUUUACCUGAAAAUGGCUUAAAACCGGAAGAUAUCAUUCGCGAAGCAGAACUUUAUGAAGAAAUGGGUGAAUAUUCUUUUUAUAAGGGCAGAGCUUCUGGAGUAGUUUAUGCAGAUUACAAUGAAGAACACAGAAGAUUACUUCAAAAGAUUUUUGACAUUUGUGCUUAUUCAAAUGCUUCCUAUCCUGAACUAUUCCCUGGAUGUCGAAAAAUGGAAGCCGAAAUUGUCCGCAUCGCUUGCUCCUUGUAUCAUGGAGGUGUGGGGUCUUGUGGAACUGUCACGUCAGGUGGAACCGAAAGCAUUAUUCUCGCAUGCUUAGCAUAUCGUAAUCGAGCAUAUUCCUGCGGAAUUCAUCGGCCAGAAAUUGUUAUUCCUGUCACUGCUCAUGCUGCAUAUGAUAAAGCUGCGCAAUUACUGCAAAUGCGCAUUCGCCAUGUUGCCGUAGACAAAAACCAAAGAGUAGAUAUAGGAGCUAUGAAACGUGCGAUCAACAGAGAGACUUGCAUGCUUGUGGCAUCUGCUCCAAAUUUCGCUACAGGUACAGUGGAUAAUAUCGAAGCGAUUUCCGAAGUUUGUGUAUCCAGAUUUGUGCUCAGUCAACGUUAUGGUGUGCCUCUUCAUGUAGAUGCUUGUUUUGGUGGUUUUAUUUUGCCAUUUAUGGAAUUUUGCGAUUAUCCUGUUCCACCUUUUGAUUUUCGAGUUCCAGCGGUCACUUCAAUCUCUUGUGAUACAAGCAAAUAUGGUUUUUCACCGAAAGGUGCAUCACUGAUUUUGUAUCGAGAGAUCAAUUUCCUUCACUAUCAGUAUUUUUGCUACAGUGAUUGGCCCGGUGGAAUAUAUGCUACACCAACAUUGGAAGGCUCACGCAAUGGUUGUGGAAUAGCUUUAACUUGGGCAACAUUGCUUUAUUAUGGUCGUCAUAAAUACACGGAAUUAACACAUUCAAUAAUUGAGGCAACUUUUGCUGUCAGAAAAGGUAUUGAAGAAAUAGGACAUUUUAAAUUGGUUGGAGAUUCAGAUACUACUAUCAUUGCAUUUACGAGUGAAGCCUUCAACAUUUAUGCAUUAUCAGAUCGUAUGUGUAAACAUGGAUGGCAUUUGACCAACAUUCAACGACCUGCUGCAGUUCAUAUUUGCAUAACAUUAAAUCAUACUAAACCUGGUGUGAUCGAUGAGUUUUUGAGAGAUUUAGCCGUUUCUGCCGAAGAAUUAAUUAAUAACCCUGAACUUAGUCAAGAAUCACGUACUGCAGCUAUUUACGAGAUGGCUUCAACUACUCCUGAUAAGUCUCUGAUUGAGGAAGUAUCGCGUUUAUAUCUUGAUUGUUGUUAUGCGAUUCCGCAACCUGCUAUAUAUAAUCGAACACUGAGUGUUGAAGGUCGUAAAAUGAGUAUGAUGGGCAUUCAUCCAACGAUUAGUAAUAGUCAUUUUCCUACCUUGCUUUCCUAA